AUGUCAACUGAAGAUAGUGCCAAAGAAAAUGUCAACAAGCAACAUCCUCAGCUGUUCGAGGUUGGGAAAUUGAAUUUCACCAAGCAUGAAAACAAGAACAUCAUAGAAGUAGUGAUCAAUGGAAUUUUAAUUGCAAAAAACAAGGAUGAUGAUUUGAUUAAUAUUUCUCAAAUAUUGACUCUAGCAGGGUUGAGUGAAGAGGAAACAGAAAAGCUUUUAGGCACUGAUGAAGAAAUAACAAAUGAGAGAACAGAAAUUGAUGAUGGGAAAUAUAAGGGUAUAUGGAUCAAGACAGGGAAUGCUGUGGCAUUGUCAAAGAAAUUUGGCGUCGAAGAACCCUUGCAGAGCUUAAUCAAAGAACAUGAUGAUGUUAUACAAAAGCCGAGUCUCACAAGAUCUUAUUCUACAAUGACAGACAUGGACAAUGAAAAAGAGUUAGCUAAAGAAACUUCAAAAGAAUCUACUGGAUCUCCAAGUAAAAAAUUGAAAACUGGUGACAGUGAUAAAUCUCAAAAAAAACCUAUUACUGAGCUGGCUGAACCGCCAAUAGAUAUUUCAAAUAUUGCAGAUUAUGAGCAAGCAAAAAAAUUGAUGUCUCAAGUAUUUCUUUCGGAAGGGGAGGCAGUGACCGAGGCCUGCAAUCAGCUUGCAUCUUCACACCAAAUUGAUUUACCUAUCGAUGUUCAUAAUAACACAGUUUUACACUGGGCCACAUCAUUAGCUAAUGUUGGCUUAAUUUUCCAGCUAGUAGAAUUAGGUUCUAAUCUGAAGAGAGGAAAUAAUGAUGGGGAAACUGCAUUAAUGAAAGCUGUUAGCCAUGUUAAUUUUUUUGAUAAUUUGAUGUUUGGCAAAUUGCUCGAUAUAUUGUAUCCCUCAAUUACUGUGCUUGAUAAAAAAAACCGUACUUUACUUCAUCAUAUUGUUUUGCUUGCUGGGUCAGACGGAAGAAGCGACGCUUCUAAGUACUACUUGCAAUGUCUUGUUGAGUGGAUAAUUAAGAACAGUCCAAAUAGAAAAGAUGCCAUAACUUUGUCGUCAUUCAUGAAUGAAAUCGUUAACUUGAAGGACUCUAACGGUGAUACUGCAUUGAAUAUUGUUGCCAGAAUCGGAAACAAGGCUAUUGCACAGCAGUUAUUGGAUGUUGGUGCCGAUCCAAAGAUACCAAAUAAGGCUGGUUUGACCCCUGCUGACUUCAGAUUGACGGGCUUGAACAUGUCCAAUAGUUCUUUGGCGAAAACCACAGGAUUGGUAGCAAAGGCAAGCGGGAAGCAUUCAGAUCAACUAGGCUCAUUCUUGCAUAGGAAUGGACCGUCAGCUGUAGGGUCCUUGGUAAAUGAAGAAAAUGGGACUGCAAAUAUUGAAACUAACAAGAAAAUUUCUCAAGAAAGUAAGAAGAUCCUUACCUCCAUGCAGGAUAUGAUGGGUCAAUUGGAUAACUUUUUUGAAACUGAACUCAAGGCUAAACAAACGGAGAUCAAUCAAUUGUACAAGGAAUUAAAACAAUCAACAAUUAAAUUGUCACAGUCAAGAGGUCAAUUGGAGAUGUUAAAAAACUCUGAAAGUAAAUUGAAUGAAUUGAAACAAAAGACAUCAAAUAUAGAGAAGUCCAUGAAAGAAGAGCAAGUGAAUUUUGAAGAACAAUACCCGGAAGCUACAUCUGCUGCCCCUGACGCUACAUACGAUCCAGAUCAACCGUUUAAAUUCCCUGAGGUUUACGAAAUCGUAAAAUCAAAAUUAGAAAGAGAUGGCCCAUCUGCGACAGUGAAUAUUUCUUCGGAAGCGAUAAAUCUUGAAAAUGUCCCACCUAUGUAUGUCUUGAAGGCGAGGAUAAAAGCAUAUGUCGAAAACGAAAAGUAUUUAUCAAGUCUUGCAAGCGGUUUAAAUGAGAAAUCCAUGGUUCUUGAGAAUAAAUUUAGGCAUGUUGUUUCUCUUUGUACAGGCGUGGAGGAGAGUAAAGUGGAUGAUUUGCUAGAAGGUUUGGUGCAAGCAGUGGAAAGUGAUCCUGAUGAAGUAGAUAUCGGAAGAGUUUCUGGGUUCUUAACAAAAGUGGAUGAGGAUAUCUGA